AGCCUUUCUCGACAAGAUAACCCUUGCAUCUUGAACCGCUGCACCCGGGCGCUAACUAUCCCACCACGUUCCAAAAAGCUGGCCAAAAAACCAUUCUCUUCCUCAGAGAGAGCGCACAUUUAUCGACCGGUCUCGACGUAGGAGCCCGGGGAGGAGUGAUCCGUUCAAGAUUGGCAACUUUUCGGGCAGAAGCACGCCUAAACCACCGCGCCGAUGGCGGCCGAACUACAUUCGGAGCUCGCCAUCAGACAGGUUCCACGAGACAUCAGGGGACUCAGCAACACCAACACCAACCCAGACGAAAGAAGACACAAGCACUCGCGCUCGUCAUACUCAGACAUCUCGCCGCUCAUGUCUCGAAAUAACUCGCUGAAUUUCCGUCCGGCAAAGCGGUCGAUGCCCUCGCCGGACAAGACCAUCGCCGUCAUAAAUGCCAGUGGCAGGCAGGCCGCCUCGUUCAUCCGGGUGGCCACCGCGGUCGGGUACCAUGUCCGGGCGCAGCUGAGGAAUCUGGAGGGCGUUGUGGCGACCGAAGUGGCCCGAAAUCCAAACGUGACGAUCCUGCGAGGCGAGCUGUACACGAAGGAGCGCCCGGCAGAGACGGCGCAGGUGGACGUGACGCGGAACGGCCCCAUCUCCGGCAUCGGCGUCAACCACGCUCUGAUCUCGGAGCUAUUCAAGGGCGCCCAGCUGGCCUUCAUCAAUACCACCUUCUACGGGGACGAACAGCACAUCGGGGAGGCCUUGGCAGACGCGGCUAAGAAGGCCGGCAUCCAGCACUACGUCUACUCAUCCAUGCCAGAUCACCAUGCCUAUAAUAAGGCAUGGCCAUCACUCCCGCUCUGGGCGUCCAAGCACAAAGUGGAGGAGUACGUCAAGAAGAUUGGCCUCCCCGCGACCUUUGUGUACACCGGAAUUUAUAAUAACAACUUCACAUCGCUCCCUUACCCUCUCUUCUGCACCGAACUACAAGAAGACGGCUCCUGGAUCUGGAAGGCCCCCUUCCACCCAGACGUCAAGCUCCCGUGGCUUGACGCGGAACACGACGUCGGGCCGGCCAUUCUCCAAAUCUUCAAGGACGGCGUGAGGAAGUGGGGAGCCGGCAAGCGCGUUGGUCUGGCGUAUGAAAUGCUCUCGCCCAAGGAGGCCUGCGAAGUCUUCUCCCGAGGCGUCGGCCGGCCGGUACGGUACAUCCACGGCCCGAUCGAACUCAAGGUCACCAUCCCCGAGGGCUACCGCGCCCAGCUGGAGGCGCUGGAGGCGCUGUUCGGUAUGGGCCACGACGACCCCACGAAGCAGCCCCCGUAUUUCGGCGACGCCGCGCUCGAGGAGAGCUGCCCGAGGGUGGCGCUGGAGCUGUGGGAGGGCCCGCGCGGCCUGGAAGAGUACGCGCGCGAGGUGUUCCCGCUGGAAGAGCAAGCGAAUGGCCUGACAUGGAUGCUGGACGAGGGGGACGGCGGUGGUGGCAACCAAGCCCACCGAAACGGGAACGGAAAUGGCGUCCCCACCACCGGCCACGCCCCUCACCCGCACCAUAUUCAGCACCUAAAUGGUUACAUUACCACUCUCGAACAGGUGUCGCUUGACUCGGAGGGCGAGGACGAGGACGACGGCCUGGUCAUGCGCGGCCUGAAGCGGGACGACGAGGAAUGGCUCGCCUGAAUCACGGCGCCCCAUCGAGGUGUCAUCAGACGUCGAAUCGAUUCUCCGCUCCGUCUUUGCACGCUUGUUCGCGAACCAAAAAAAAAGGAUGGUAAAGUCAUUUCGGCGGGCGAUGGACGCCGCCGGGUUGGGGAUA